AUGUCGAGGGAGACAAGCAAGUCACCGGGAAGUGAAACACGAGCAUUUGUACCUGAGGAAGGUGAUGUGGGAAGUGCCGGUGGUGGACGAUUGUCAUUCUCUACACCAAUGACAGCUUCAAUCCCCCCGAUCGAGAUAGAAAUAGAGGAUAACGAUCGCGAGAAGGAUAAGAAAUGGAAUCGAAAGUCGCUUGAAGAACAUAAGCCGAAGAGAAAAGAUACAACAACUUUUUCAAAUUUUCUACAUCGUUUCACUCGAUCGGAGGACAAGAAAGAAGAUAAGCAGAAGAAUGUGAUAGCUGAAGGGGACGCACUGGAUCGUCCAGAUAAACUCCAAGUUCCGGAUUCUGAGGAGAAAUGGUUCGAGAUGAAACCACUUGAUGGAGGGUUUCGAACCGCUCUUGAUAUGGGUAAGCCACCCUUACUGCAUUUAUUUUGUAAUUUUGUUUUCUUCUAA